AUGACAGCAAAAUCUGCAAAAAAUGGCGGUUCUGCAUUAAAACGUCUUAAAACGUCACUUAAGGAGGCAGGAAUUAUAGGCUCAACCUCUCGUAAGAACGUUAGUAAGAGACAGAAAAAAAAGGGAAACCCUAAGGAAGUCGGUAAAAAUGACACAAAAACAAAGAUAGACCAUAUAAAUAAGACAAAUCCGUUCGAAUUAAAAAUCACAAAAACGAAGCACGAUGUUUUGGGAAGGAAAGUGAAAGGUGUUCAAGGGAGGCCGGGACUAAAACGACAAAUUGGGAUCGAAAAGCGCAAGAAAACAUUACUUGUCGAAAUGGAAAAUAAGAAUAGAGUGGGUGGGAUGAUUGAUCGGCGAUUCGGUGAGAACAAUCCAGAGAUCUCACCCGAAGAGAAAAUGCUGGAAAGAUUUAAAAGAGAAAAGCAGAGGCAGUCGAAAUCUACGUUAUUUAACCUCGAAGAUGAAGAUGAGCUGACGCACUACGGUCAAUCUUUAUCCUUGAUUGACGAUUUUCAUGAACCAGACCUAGCAUUGAGCGACGAUGAGGAUGAAGGUAUUGUCGGUUUGAAUGUCUGUUGUCUUAGAGAACCUGAACAUAAAAAAACCAAAGCAGAAGUUAUGAAAGAAGUUAUCGCAAAAAGCAAGAUGCAUAAGUACGAACGCCAAUUUGAAAAGGAAGAGAGUGAACGCGUAAGGCAUGAAUUAGAUAAUGAAAUUGAAGAGAUUCGAAAUCUUCUUAUCGUCCCUCCUAAGCGCCCAGCCGAGUCUCAGGAGUUGUCCUCCCAAAAGUCAGUGUCAGAUCAAGUAGAAUCAGAACAAAAUGACAAGGAUAACGAAUAUGAUAGAAUUGUGCGCGAGUUAGCAUUUGAAAAACGUGCGAGACCAACUGAUAGAACGAAAACCGAAGAAGAAAUAGCCCUUGAAGAAAAAGAAAAGCUUGAGAAAUUGGAGCGCGCACGCAAACGACGUAUGCAAGGACUAGACUCAGAAUCUGAAGAAGAAAACGAAAAACGCAAAAAACAAAAACGUGUACCAAUAGCGGAUGAUUUAGAAGAUGACUAUAUAUCUGAUGAAAAUGAUGAUAAAGAUCUUUAUGGUCUUGGUAAAGGAAUAGGACUUGCGGACUUUGCGAUAAAUGGAGCAUUGUUAAAAAAGUCAAGUAAAUCGUCUCGUGAACAUGGCACCAUAAAAGUUGGAGGAAAGAAAGAGUUGGCAUACAUCUUUCCGUGCCCGAUCUCCCUUGAAGAGCUUUUGGAAAUUCUGGAUAAUGUUGAUGAUAGCGAAAUUCCGACUGUCAUACAUCGCAUUCGGGUUUUACACAACAUCAAACUCUCCCCAGAUAAUGAGGAAAAAUUGAAGAAAUUAUUUCAAGUUAUUAUCGAUUACAUCUUACAUCGUGUUGCUCAAGAGGUUCCUAUCCCCACGAUCCUUGUCAAUAAGCUUGUAGUUCAUAUAUUCGAUCUUGCGCAUCAAUUUCCGGAAACUGCCGGAAGUUAUUUUAUUGUUAAGAUUGCUGCGAUGCAAAAUAGAUUAACAAAGGAAUUAAGCUCAAUGGAUGAUAAAUCCUCCAAGUCACCCUUUCCCUACUUUUCGGAGCUUGUUUUAUUGAAAAUUUUGUCGCAAAUCUUUCCAACAUCCGAUUUUCACCAUACGGUGGUAACGCCAACGACUUUAUUAAUGGGACAAUACUUGGCACAGUGUCCUCUGCUAACGGGUCGCGAUUUGGUGGCAGGCAUAUUUUUGUGUAAUUUAAUGCACGAGUUUCAAACCCUGGCACAACGCGUUUGUCCUGAAGUUCUCAAUUUUUUAAAUACCGCGCUUGUUCUUCUUGCGCCAAAAGGUGCAUUCGCCUCUACGAAAUCCAUUCCAGGAACGUUUCCGAUAUCCGAAAGACUUACUAUUGACCUGCAGAUUGAGGACGCAAGUAACAUAAAAGAAAUACAUCCCUUAAAAUUUUCAAGAUUACUGGGGUUAAAGGCCUCCAAAAGGAAUGAUAUAUUCAAUAAAGAUGAGUUCAGAGUAUCAGCAUUAAACGCUAUUUUGUAUUUAGUCGAGAAAUAUUCAAAAUUAUAUAGUUCGACGGCUGCGUUUAUAGAACUUUUUAGCGCGACAUCUAAAAUUCUGUCACUCUAUCCUAUCGAUAGAUUCUCUGAAAUAGUCAAGACAAAAGUGGUUGACAUGCAAGGAAAAUUAACGAGACUCCAGAAAUUUGCACAUAGAAAUCGUAAACCCUUAGAAUUGCAUCAUCAUCGUCCUAUUCCGCUUCCGACGUAUAUUCCAAAAUUCCAAGAGAAAUUCUCUAUUGAUAAAAAUUAUGAUCCGGAUCGUGAACGUGCCAGAUUAAAUAAGCUCAAGGCGCAAUAUAAGAAAGAGCGCAAAGGAGCUAUCAGAGAAUUACGCAAAGAUACGCAAUUCAUUGCAAGACAUGAUCUUGAAAAGAUCAGAGAAAAGGAUACCGCAUAUAAAAAGAAAAUUAGCGGUAUAAUGGGUAUACUCGAGGUUGAGCAAGGAGAGAAGAAGGCUUACGAAAAGGCCAAAAAGUAUGGUAAAUUAUAA